AUGGCAAAACGUCAGGCGAUAGAGGCAGUCGAUCGAACAUUGCAAGACAUUAUAGGUGUUAGUCUCCCAUUUGGUGGAAAGAUACUAGUUACGGGGAGAGAUUUUAGACAAGUGUUGUCGGUUAUUAAACGCGGAACUAGAGCACAGAUUGUAGACUCCAGCCUGCGGAUGUCGCCUCUUUGGUAUUUGACUAAAAAGAUGCGGUUGACGAUAAACAUGAGAGCGCUAAAUGAUCCAUGGUAUUCUGAUUUUCUUUUAAGAGUUGGUGAUGGGUCUGAAGAAUCAAUCGAAGGAAGCUAUAUCCGCAUACCAGAUGACAUGACAAUUCCUUUCAGUAAUCCAGAAAACUCUAUAAAAGAAUUGAUCGAUGCAGUCUUUCCGUCAAUUCAAAGUAAUGUAUAUUCUUCUGAGUAUAUAAUCUCUAGAGCAAUAUUGUUCACUAAAAAUGACAGUGUUGACGAGAUCAAUGAUCAAAUGAUUGACAUGUUCAAGGAGAUGAAAAGGUUUACUAUAGUUUCGAUGAAGUCGAAGACGAUCGCCACAACUUCUAUCCGGUCAAGUUCUUAA